GAGGAGGAAGCGGGCAACGCGCUUGGGACGCGCAAAAGUUCAAAACGAGGCGCGCUUCUCUCCCAAACUCGAUUGGUCCUCGCUGGUCACGUGGGCCGCCGGAGAGCGUUACGGUUGGUUGCGUGCAGGGUACGCUGCGCGCCGACGUUCCAACUUCUCCGCUGCUCGCCGGCGAGGCCGUUCUCUUUUGACAGCUGCGUCGCUGCGGCGUACAGCGGUCUGCGUAGUGCGCGGAAGGGAGAGCCUCGUUUCGCCUUUUUGUCUGGCUGCCGGCGGCGAGCGUACUUUGUGUGCGUCGCCGCGCCGCUUCAGCAACGAACGAAACAACCGUGUUUUUCUUUUUUUAACCGGUCGCCUCCGAAAACGAAGUUGUCGCCGCCAUGGAUAAAAUAUUCGGAGGACUCAAGAGUCUCAUCAAGAUCGAGACGAUCGUCACCGACAACCAUGUGUUUAGGUUGCACUACAAGGUGACGUGCGCGCUCCUCAUCGCCUUUAGCAUCCUGGUCACGAGUCGGCAGUACAUCGGCGACCCCAUCGACUGCAUUAGCAAGGACAGCGUGCCCACGCGAGUGUUGGACACCUUCUGUUGGAUCCACUCGACGUUCAGCGUCAAGGAUGCCUGGAACAAGAAGGUUGGCGUCCAAGUACCUUACCCCGGCGUGGACAAGUACACUCCGGGCGAGCAGCGAGUGUACCACGGCUAUUAUCAGUGGGUGUGCUUCGUGCUGUUCUUGCAAGCGGUGUUGUUCUACGUGCCCCGCUACUUGUGGCUCGCCUGCGAGGGCAACAAGAUCAGCACGCUCGUGCUUGACCUCAACUCUCCCAUACUGUGCGACGACAAGCGCAAGGGCAGCCGCAAGCUUCUGGUGGAGUACUUCAUGAACAACAUCGGUCACCACAAGAUGUACACUUUCUACUAUUUCCUCUGCGAGAUCCUCAACUUCGUCAACGUCAUCGGCCAGAUCUACCUCAUGGACGACUUCCUGGGCGGAGAAUUCUCGACAUACGGCACCAAGGUCCUCGAGUUCACCGAUUGGGAUUGGUCAGUGCGCUUCGACCCCAUGAUCAAGGUCUUCCCGAGACUGACGAAGUGUACCUUCCACAUGUACGGUUCGUCCGGCGACGUGCAGAAGCACGACGCCAUGUGCAUCCUGCCCAUCAACAUCAUCAACGAGAAGAUCUACGUGUUCCUCUGGUUCUGGUUCGUCAUACUCGCAGUGCUCUCCGGUCUCGUGAUUGUGUACCGCUCGGUGCUGUUCAUCUGGGCUCCGGCCAGGUUUCACGUGCUCAAGUCCCGGGCGCGCCUGACGAACGUCACCUACCUGGAACGCGUGCUGGAUCGCUGUAAAGUGGGCGAGUGGUUCCUGCUCGACUUGCUCGCCAAAAACCUAGACCCCGUCCACUACAGGGACCUUAUCUCAGACCUGGAGAAGCACUUGGAAGGCAAGAGCCUCGAGCUCGUCUGAUUACCCACUCUUUUCGUUGUGGUGUCUUCUAGUGUCCGCGGACUUUCUGCAUUCAUAUCAAGCGGUUUUUGUACGAUAUCGCGGUAGGUAGCCUGUGCAGUUUUCCAUCUUCAGCAGUCAUGAAAGUUUUUCCCAUUGCUGUUUUUUUACUUGGAACCGUGCCUAAACAACAAAUGCAAAAGGGAUAACUCCGGCGCACGGCUUGAACGCCGGCAGCGUUUCCGAACGAAGCACUCGAAAGCAUUUGUUGAAACGACCAGUUUGAGCUACGGCAGCGGUCGAUAGCGUAAACGAGCAUUUCGGAAACAAAGCUUUGGAGGUUAGCGUGUCGCAACAGGAAGGGGAGGAUGGUUGUUCCGCCUCAGUUGAAACUCGACCUUGCUCACAGGGAAGUAAGUCGCGACCCACAAGUUGUAAUGUGCGCACGAACGCGGUAGUGUCGCGUCGCCCUUUUCCAGUGCCUUAUGCAUUCGCUCACCCUGGCCUCGUUGACAGUGCGGCAACGCGAUACCGUAUAUCCGACCGCGCUCUCGGGGCUGCAUCCCGUCGUCGCCAUUGGGAGCUCACCUGACACUGCCAGGCGGAGAUCGAUAUACGAGGCAACAACGGUGCUCGGCGCCGCGGGCUCGGUUUUCCAUGGCGCCGAAACGUCCCGCCUCCGCCGCGUCGCUUUUGGGGCGCGAGCUCGCGUUCGUUGCAGCGCCCGUUUGGAACGUUGUUCGUUUAGUGCCCGGAGAAAUUUUCUGUUAGAAAAGAAAGUGGUGAGCACAGAGCUCGCCUGAGCAUGUGGAUAGGUUCGCAAAUUCAUUGCGCUAGUCGUUCUUUCGCGCGCUAUUCGAGCGGUCGAUCUCAUCUGUUUGACCGACGUAGAGAAGUAUUGCGGCGGCCUCAUUCGACAGACUGACCGCGUUCACUCAAAAGAGAUUGCUGAGGCUAUUGUUGCCGAAAAUAGUUACUUGUGGUAAUGAUCCCCAGAUAGCGACGUUCUUGGCCAGUGUAUAUAAUUUCGGUGCCGCGUUCGUUUUCUUUGUUGCGUCUUUCUUCUCUCUCUCUCUCUCUCGUUCUGUGCAGGCCGUGCAUAGUUAUGGUAGGGCAGAAUUGAUUCCUCGAUGGGCACCUCGCAAAAAAAAAAAAAAAAAAAAAAAACUAUAUAAUCUGCCAGUGGCGACGUCAUGCAGAGAAGCAGCUGCUUGCGCGGCUGCUCUUGCGGCGCAAAAAAUUGAACAGCGCGGUUGUGGGCAGGCAUAUUCUACUUUCAUGUUGAGUCUUCGUAAGGCUCUCCCAGUCGUUGCUGCUUCAACCUCCUAUUUAGCGCCCUCAAGUUGACGUUAAAGUCUCGAAAAUAUUUGCCUCGCACUUGUACCUACUCCAUUAGCGAAUGCCGUGCAGUUAUUUGUGUCGACCCCAAAUAUGUGAGCUGUUAUUUUAGGUUGCCUUCUUUCCCACGCCGUUUCUCUAUUUUUAUUUUUAUUUUUAUUAUAUAUAUAUCCUCGCCUGCAACCUUUCCUCAAAACAAGGAACAGAGCAGGAAUUUGGAGGAGGCCAAAGAUUUCACCUACACACUGACCGAAAAAACGUAGUCCGCCGCUUCGUGAUUUAGCAGUCAUUGCUCCGUGCCAAAACCGAGUUUUGCGCUGGCAACACAAAGGCGCGUUAUUCGUUUCUUCUGUGUGUCGUUGCUGCGUCGCCGUCCUUUUGUAGCCCCCCACCCACCCACCCCACUUGCGUGACGCGGUCUUCUCGGUCGGGUUCAGUUCACGCGUCACGCAGCUUACCAGCCAUGUGGGACGCGGCGUGACUUUCUUUUUGCUUUUCUUUUCUCCCCUCUUCGUACAGGUUUCCAUCUGUUCUGUCAGUUGUUUUGUGUGCUUGCUUGUCUUUUUCACUCCGUCGUCGCAGCCCCCGACUCGCACACUGCUGGAGAUGCACCGAGAACCGUUUUCAAUGCAAGAAAUUUAAAGAGCUACAGGGAAAAAAAGAGAGGUAUUGAAAGAAGAAAGCCCCUUUUCUUGUCGCACCUGGGGUCUCGCUUCCCAUCGCCAUCCCAUCCCCCGCAUCCUGCGGGGGGGCCCCGUCAGACUCAUUGUCCUCACUGCGGACAGGAUGCCGAAGGCGACGCGCGCGCGAGGCCUAAAAAGCAAGCAGGCGGCAUCCGCCCGAUCCGCCGCAGUUUCCCUUGUUCGGUGGCGUUUAAUGAAUCCGAAAGCGAGAUCGCAAUCAGCAGCUUCGGCGUUACCGCGGCCGUGCCUACGCCAACGUGCGCGCCGAGAGAGAGGAAGCGACAUCGGCCACGCUCGCUCGCUACGCGGAAGCGAGAGACCUCGCGGCCCAUGACGUUUUGCGGAUGACGCAAUCGCGCCAAGGAUUUUUUGCGCUCAAGGUGGCUGGCGGCUCGCGGUGAAUCGUGCGUAGCUUGUGGUGUCACGCGCGGCGUGGUUCUGCUUCUGACUCGCUGCGGACGCGCCCACGUUGUCCUAGGAGGCUGCAUACUCAGCCUUUGCCAACACCACUUGUCUUGAGAGAAGAGACGACAGCCCACACACGCCGAGGCCAGCGCACGCGACCAGAAUUUAGUGCGCAGAAAAUUCAGUAGGCGUUGAGACCGGUAUUCGGCCGUAGAAAUGUGCUUCUCUCCAUCUGUGGCGUAGUAGCUGGCUGGCGAUGACUCUAGGGAGGUGUGAGGUGGCGGCGGGAUGUCUUGGCGCAGGUAUUAAGAAUCUGGUAUAACGAUCGGCACUAAACUGGGAAAUGCUAAUUCGAGUACUGCUGGUAUUUAUUAGUGCAGCCAGUACGCUAAUUAACGUGCCGGCAAAUCAACUUUUCUUCUUUCCGAUGUCACUGCGGACGUUAGUAGCAUGUGUGAAGCGAAGAAUGCAAAAGCAACAUGUACUUUUUGCUACAUUGGACAACUUUUCAAUCCCUUCUCUACUGCGAGUUGAGACACACUGCACUAGCCUUUUCUGGCAUGCUUUCGCUUUGUGGACUAUAAGAAUUGUUGAACUGGAAACGACAGCAUGUGAGGGAGUGCAAAAAAAUAAAAAAUAAGUUGCCAUUGGUAACGGCCGCUGGGGAUAUUUCAGCAAUGACCUUCAACACAUGGUCAUAAGCACAAGGACCUACUCCCAGCAUGACCUAUGAUAGUAGUUCAUGCUCCAAAGUGACUGGGCAGGAACACAUUCCUUUCAUGAAACAUCCUGUACUUGCAACACUUUCCAAGUGGUAAAAAUGCAAUGGGUGUGCUAAGGUCACAGGACUAUCUAGAAAGCAGUCAGGUGAGGUGUUUCUUUGUAGGUUCACUUGAUCAAACUUAUGUGUUUGUAAGAACAAAGCUGUAAGAUGUCAAAUGUAGGGCUGUGUGAGGAAUUCAGAGGUGCACAACUGGCGAUUCCUUGGAGUGCUUAGCUACUGCUACUUUGCCAUAUAAAGUGACAUGUACUACAUUAGGACUGCUGGUUUGGAGCUAUCACUGCUUACAUAAUUUGCCAAGAUGUUCCAGUUGCUGGCAUAGAAGCAGCCAUUGUGUAACACAUGAUGGGUGCUUAGAGCUCCUGAUUCUUAUCCAGGUAGUGCAAAAACCUUGCAAAAUACAAAACACAAUUUACUGACGAAAUGCACCUCUUUCCUAACAGUGUAGCGGCCAGCUAACGUGUCUGUCUGUUGUACUCUUGCUGAAUCACCACAUGAGCUCAAGAUAGCUUUGUCUGUGCAGUGGUUGUCAUGGUUAUUUCAAAGUCGGAAGUCAUAUCCUAUAGAAGACAUGUCAUAGUACGUUUUAGGCAACUGUAGUUAUGCAUUCAUAGUUCUUUUAAAAGGGAGUGAAUGAGUGAGCCCGUAGUUUUGGAACGUCAAAUGCAGUUGGGGAUCAAUGGGUUGUAGGGGGGAAAAAAUAUAAGGCUGACAUGAGCCCGAAGGAAGGUUAAUUUUCCAAGCUUUGUCAAUUUUGUGCUGUAACUUAAAAUAGGAAUAAUACCACUGCACUUUUCGGCCGUUUACCUUGCCGCCAUGUGCAAUCAAAAUGGCAUUAGAACUCUUAGGCACUUAAACAUCAUAUAUGUUUAAUUCUAGCAACUCAGCACUGCUACCAUGCAAUUUUAUUUAGGGGGGUAGAAACUAAUGCAAAGAAACAGCUAAGUUUUUUUUACUUGAUUUAACUGCUGAUGAUUCUGAGACUGCAAAGCAAAUGACCUCUUCACUGCAAGCAGUGCAACUAUGCAGUGGGAAUAGUUUCGGUAGGUUUCUAUACCAGUGAUCCAAAGUGGAGACAAUCGAGGUUUGUUUUUGAAAUUUUUAUGCAUGUAAGAUUGAGUAUGCUGUAACUUCAGCAGGCUCUGAAGUAGAUGUUGAACAUGUAGCUUCUGCCAUCUUUGGUCAUCUCUGGACACCUCAUAUCACUAUCGAAAGAUGUUAACAGCACUCCCAUCAUCAACAUUGUAACUUCGGGCAUUGUAGCCUUCUGUGAACACUGCCACUUUUCCCAAAGUUCAGCCAUGUUUCAGAUAGUGUGAUAUUUCAUGCUUCAAAGACAGAGUGAGUGGAAUGCAGUUAACGUAGAUGUUGUCUUCUCGAUGCCUUUUUAGUGUAUAUCUUAUCAAAUUCUCAGCAUCUGCAAUACCAAAAAGUAGAUGCAAUGCUCAGUUAUGUUUUGUUUAUCAUGUCAUGGAUGUAUCAUGCAAUUCAGUGAAGGUUUGAGGAAAUGUUUGCUUUAUUUCUCAGUCUGUAUGUUGCAUGAGUGAGGUUGUUACGAUGUAUGCUGUGUCCGAUGCUCUCACACUGGCGAGAGCUGUCCGUGGGAAUUGUUCAUGGUAUGUGGCAAGUUUGGUUACUUUCAUGAACUCAUUCUCAUUCGUGUAUGUAAGCAAUAAUCAAGGACCAAGUGGUGCCUGUUGCGUAGGCACUAGAGUUAAGUUUUUGCUGUGCUGCAGUUUUUAUGUAAAUUUCCAACCUCUAUGACGCGACACCAAUAUCUGAACAUUCCCAACACAGCUUUCUCAAGAAGCCCUGGAUAUUAUACUGUACACAGCAUAUUACAAUCCGGUGCUGAGUUUUCAAACUGUAAUGCUACACAGAUGCCGAGAGCACAACUACAAUUGAGUAAUUGGUAUCAUAAAGCAGUGAAGUUCUUGUGCUCCAAGUGACAUAUAUAUGUGUAGUUGUCUAUGUUGUUAUAUUACAUUUUGUUGGUUGGUGAGUCCCAUUUCAUUUCAUUAAGGUGCAGCUUAUACCCCAGUCAGACGAACAAAUUUAGUGACACUUCAUGCAAGUGCACUACCUCUCUAGUGUAACUCGCAGGCUAUCAGAUGGAAUGGUCUAGUGACACUUGCUGUGGAGUGCACUUGUCAAAGAACUCACUUCACUGUGCUGAAGUGUGUAGCCUUGAUAGCAAUACUUCAAUAACAUAAAUGCUCACAGCAGAGUUCACCAUUAAUUUUAAGACCCCUUUUUCGUGGUUUCAGAUGUUAUGAACAUCUUUACGAUAUCAGAGAAGCCAAACUAAGCUGAAACGCUCAUUUUCAGCAGAUUCCGCCAUUUUGACUCUUUGGAUUAUCGAUAUGUGGGGUGCUUGUAUUGACUCAAAGCAGUAGAUGUGUUGACGAGAUUAUGAUAUUUAUUUUUAUUUUUCAUUGCAAUAUUUCUUCUAAAUAGGCAUUUCUUUUUGCAAUAAAAGGGUGCCCAUUUCUAAAACUCAAAAUGCUAAAAAUCGUAUCAAGCUCUGCAAUUAUAAAUCAUCAUUACCAUCAACCACAAAUGACACUUCGUUUUGCGAUCUAGCACCAUUCCGCUGAAAUGACACUCAGCGAGGCGAAAUGCACUCGCUCGAAGUGUCACAAAAUUUGAACGUCUGACACCAUGGACAAUUCUGUGAAUAUGACCCAGUGUAUUUUGAGAAAUUUUUAAACAUGGGAAGCGACAUGUCUUCUUUGCCUUAUAUACAAAAACUAACCUGCCAGUGCUCAAGAGUAGAAAGCAGUUUGUACUUGACUGCAUGACAAAUCUCAACAGGUGUUUACUUGCAGCUGUAAGGGGUGGUCAUGUGAGAUUAAUAUCAGGUGAUGCAGGAUGGUAAGUGGUUGACUACUGCCUAUUUUGCGUGCUAAUCAUAUCUCACAGACAGGGUGAUGCAUCUUUUGAGAAGUGUUUUAUGAAAACUUCCUGACAUUUAUGUGGUAGCUGUGGAUAGGGAGUUACACAAAUAUCAUGUCCAUAUUGCUGAGUGUUGGCGAGCACACUUAUUGCCUCUAGCAUUCCUUCUUUUUUUUUUAUAACUUUCUCUUCAUGCAAAGUUGCAAAUUUAACCACUCUUGAAUUUACCAUUCUGUGGCACGACAAAUAGCAGAGGUGUUUUUCACUGUAGCCAAGCUGUGGGAAUAUAUGAUGACAGUGGACACUUUCUUGUGGUAUAGGUUUAUGUGUUUCAUGUUCACUGUGGUUCUAUUUAUUCAGGUGACAAGUAGCAUCCAGUAUAUGUUUGUUGUCUUUAUUUUUUUCAUUAUGCAUACAUACUCAUUUCCUCUGACCAGAGCAAAGCGAACAAUGUAGUCUUGUCUUCCAUUGAACCUGCUGUUUUUGUGACACAAGAAACGAAUUUAACAGUCCUGAGCCAAUGCAGAACUGUUUAUUUUUAGUUUCUGUUCUUGAUUUUCAAGUUUCCUCAUUUGUUAUUUUUACACCAAGCUUGGAACAAAUUUUUUUGGCAUGCGUCAUUAUUCAUUGUCUGGGGAUAGUUAAUAUUUGAUUUCAUCUGUGGAAGCCUUUCAUUGUUUACUUGUGUUGUGUAUAGUAAGGGGGACCAUUUUUCUCUUCAUUACAUAUCCACCUUCAUGCUUGGCAUGUCCAAGUAAUAGGUAUGAAUAACUACCUGCAAUAUGUCUUGCGGUCACCGGUAUGCAUGAGCUGUUCACGUUGGUAUGAUAUUACGAAUGGAAACAAAGUUGAGCGCUGUGGUUGUGUAUUGUGAACUUGUAGAUGGUUUUCGGAUUACACAUGGUUUUCUAUAUGAGACGUACUGUCAUGCAAUGCCUUAUAGCUCUGCGUGACCUCGUGUUUUCCUCAAUGAUGGAUGUUUUUUUCUUAGUAAUAAAGGAAAAAAAAUGUGGCC